CACAUCGCAAUGUUGCUUUUAAGAUGUGAUAAACUAAGCAAAACUUUGAGAGAGCGAAUUAGUUAGUACAACAGCUAAAGUGAUACGCGAAACUACAUUUGUCGGACUGCAGCGAUUUUAACUAUAGUAAAUCUGCAAAAAAUUAAGUAAGUUUCAAGGUAUACCUUUAACUGAAUUUCGUGAAAAUGCCUCCACACCAACAUGGACAUGGACAUGGUCAUGGUGGGCCACCGCACAUGGGACCACCACACAUGGGACCGCCACACAUGGGACCUCCACACAUGGGGCCGCCACAUAUGGGCCCACCUCAUAUGGGACCCCCACAUCAUCAUGGCCCAGAACCGUGCCUUUGUUGCUGCCCUCGCGUCAUUUGCUGUACUAUACUCUAAUCUACUGCAGUCGUUGCGGUUUUAGGUUGUAGAUAUUUGUGUUUUUAAAAUUAAGUAUUUAAGAGAAAUUUUUAUAAUAAAAAUAAAAUAAGU